GGAGUGGGUCGCUGUUGUUGCGGUGCCUGACUCCCCCACCUUCCCCCAUCCGCGAGACCAGUGCACAACUGUGUACAUCAUCUUAGCGUAAUGGCAAAUGAAUCUUUUGAAAAUGAGGGAGGUACCGGUUCGAGAAACUCAAGAAAUACAAAUUUCACAUCAUCUGUGGAUCUCAGCACGUCCUUAGAUUCAAGUGUUCAGACUCGAAUAUUUAAAAUAAUUGUAAUCGGGGAUUCAAAUGUAGGGAAGACCUGCUUAACCUUCCGCUUCACUGGGGGAAGCUUUCCCGAGAAGACUGAGGCGACAAUCGGUGUGGAUUUCAGGGAGAAAGCUGUGGAAAUAGAGGGCGAAAAAAUAAAGGUGCAGGUGUGGGACACUGCAGGACAGGAGCGCUUCAGGAAGAGCAUGGUAGAACACUACUACCGCAAUGUGCAUGCUGUCGUUUUCGUUUACGACGUCACCAAGAUGGCCUCAUUCCAGAACCUGAAGACGUGGAUCCAGGAGUGCAACGGGCACCGUGUCUCACCCACUGUGCCUCGGGUACUGGUGGGUAACAAGUGUGACCUGGUUAGUCAUAUCCAAGUACCCUCCAACACUGCCCUCAAGUUUGCAGACGCCCACAACAUGCUACUGUUUGAGACCUCGGCGAAGGACCCCAAGGAGAGCCAAAAUGUGGACUCCAUUUUCAUGUGCCUGGCAUGUCGGCUGAAAGCCCAGAAGUCCCUGCUGUACAGGGAUGUUGAGAGGGAGGAUGGAAGGGUUAGGCUUUCACAAGAGACAGAUGUUAAUAAGAGUAACUGCCCUUGUUGAGGCUCCUCCACUCUGCAAUUAUUCCUUAUCUCCUUUUAAUACUGCUGUGACUUGAAUUGAACAAUUUAACAUAAACAACGUAAGGCAAAGAUACUGUUCUAAUGUUAACAUUUCUUGAAAGAAUGUGCCUGCAGUUAUUUCAAUUUCUUCUUAAAAAUGAUAAUAGUGUUUUGCUGUCUGUCUGUCUGACCCUCUCUUGUUUUACUCUCUUUCUUUGAUAUGUUAUCAUUAUCACAUUCUGUAAUAAUGGCCUUAAGUCAAGAGAGAUCAUCCAGUGGUGUUUGUAAAGUAUGUUUAUUUAUUUUGUAUUUGAGUUGUACAUGUCUGUACAUGUCUGCUGUCAGUAUUAUCAUGUCUGUACAUGUCUGCUGUCAGUAUUAUCAUGUCUGUACAUGUCUGCUGUCAGUAUUAUCAUGUAUGUACAUGUCUGCUGUCAGUAUUAUCAUGUAUGUACAUGUCUGCUGUCAGUAUUAUCAUGUAUGUACAUGUCUGCUGUCAGUAUUAUCAUGUAUGUACAUGUCUGCUGUCAGUAUUAUCAUGUAUGUACAUGUCUGCUGUCAGUAUUAUCAUGUCUGUACAUGUCUGCUGUCAGUAUUAUCAUGUCUGUACAUGUCUGCUGUCAGUAUUAUCAUGUAUGUACAUGUCUGCUGUCAGUAUUAUCAUGUAUGUACAUGUCUGCUGUCAGUAUUAUCAUGUAUGUACAUGUCUGCUGUCAGUAUUAUCAUGUCUGCAUGUCUGCUGUCAGUAUUAUCAUGUAUGUACAUGUCUGCUGUCAGUAUUAUCAUGUAUGUACAUGUCUGCUGUCAGUAUUAUCAUGUAUGUACAUGUCUGCUGUCAGUAUUAUCAUGUAUGUACAUGUCUGCUGUCAGUAUUAUCAUGUCUGUACAUGUCUGCUGUCAGUAUUAUCAUGUCUGUACAUGUCUGCUGUCAGUAUUAUCAUGUAUGUACAUGUCUGCUGUCAGUAUUAUCAUGUAUGUACAUGUCUGCUGUCAGUAUUAUCAUGUAUGUACAUGUCUGCUGUCAGUAUUAUCAUGUAUGUACAUGUCUGCUGUCAGUAUUAUCAUGUCUGUACAUGUCUGCUGUCAGUAUUAUCAUGUAUGUACAUGUCUGCUGUCAGUAUUAUCAUGUAUGUACAUGUCUGCUGUCAGUAUUAUCAUGUCUGUACAUGUCUGCUGUCAGUAUUAUCAUGUAUGUACAUGUCUGCUGUCAGUAUUAUCAUGUAUGUGCAUGUCUGCUGUCAGUAUUAUCAUGUAUGUGCAUGUCUGCUGUCAGUAUUAUCAUGUAUGUACAUGUCUGCUGUCAGUAUUAUCAUGUAUGUACAUGUCUGCUGUCAGUAUUAUCAUGUAUGUACAUGUCUGCUGUCAGUAUUAUCAUGUCUGUACAUGUCUGCUGUCAGUAUUAUCAUGUCUGUACAUGUCUGCUGUCAGUACUAUCAUGUAUGUACAUGUUUGCUGUCAGUAUUAUUGUUUCAUGCAAUAUACUUGUGUGUAACAUGAAUGUCACAAUCUCACAAAGGGACUUUCAUAAUGACUAUUUGGGCUUCACACUGACGUACUGUAUAUGUGCUGCAAUCGUUUUACAUUUGUUCAGUAUAUUGUUUGUGUUUUUUAACUAUAUUUUAAGAAAUAUCCGCUAAUAAUCCUUCACAUUGAAUUGUCAUAACCAUAAUGCAGAGGAUGGACAGGCAACGAUGCUAGUUAGCCCAAUACCCUCCCCCACCCCACCAGGGGUUUCUCUGGCAUCAGGUCUGCUAUUUCUGCUUUCUGUUUUCUCUCCAUUGAUCAUCAUCAUAUUUCUGAUCGUCAUCAAAACAUGCAAUUUGUGACCGUUUCCUGUCUUUGCCUCAAAAUUAAAUAUUCAACAAAUA